AUGGGAUUUUCACUGAGGGAUUUGAUGAAAAGGGAGAAGGAAUCUCGGAAGAGACCAAGUUCCAGCUCCGGAGAAUUAAAUAAAGAUAAAAUUCAGAAAACAUCGCAAGAAAAUGAUAAAUCUGGCUCUGUAAAAGAGAAUUUUAAGGACAAUUUGAAAGAGAACGUAAAAGAUAAUUCAAAUGUGAAAGUAAGGGAUCGUUUAGAAGAGAAUAUUCCAGAAAGUGAUUCUAAACCAGAAAUUGGACCUGAAACUAGUAAACCUGAAGUGACUCCAGCAAAUAAAGAAGAACCUGUUAAAAUUUUACCUCAAACUUUGAGUGAAGAUUCAGCAGAUUUAAACGUAGUGGAAGAAACUUAUGUACUAUUAGACGAUGAAGACUCAGUUUUAUCAGAAAGAUCAGAUAACGACGAAAAUAAGUCAAAAGUUAGCCAACAUGAAGUGAAAGUUGAUGAGGAAAGGGCUUUGGAUGAGAACAGGCUAGUUUAUGAACAACUUAACACUGCUUAUUGUAGUAAUUUGGAGUAUGAACACGAGAGUAUUUUAAAGGAAGUUGGUGUUGACAGUAAUUUGGGCCUUUUAGACCAGUUUGACAGUGACAAUUACGGUGAUUCUUCUAAGAACAGUAAUGUCAUAGUGUCGUCGAAUUUUGGUGUUUCAAAUGUUUCUGUGAGUAAGAGUGAGAAUUUACCAGUUGGUUUCUUCGAUGAUGCAAACGUUGAUGCUAAGGCUCGUGGUAAAUUAACUGCUAAAGAGGCAAAGGAUAAGAUUCGUGAACUUUCCAAAAAGAGGUCAACUUACCUUGACGAGGCUAGAUAUGUCCAGGAGAAGUCUGUGGAGAAUCAUCGUGAGAAGUUAAGGAUGGAAAACGACCUUCUAGACCAUGAGGAAACUCUGAAAUUGUUGAAAAAGAAGGUUUCCGAAAUUAAAAACACUUUAGUUGUUGAUACCAGUGAUCUCAAAGUUGAGCCUGAGAAUUCCAAAACUGAUGAUAAAUCACUCGAAUAUGAUUUAGAUUAUGAUAAUCUUUCAUGGAUGUCACGUUCCAUCAUAUAA